AUGGCACAUUUGGUAAGUUAUAAUCUACUAUCAUCUUUCACCAAUUUUUCAGUUGUCCCCUGACAAAGAUCCAUUCUGGCAUACAUAUUAUGAGGUAAGCUUCAAAUACUCGUCCUUAACUUCAUAAUGCUAAUUUCAGGAACCGGUAGAUGGAGCCAUUAUAGUCGGUCGAGACGCGACGGGAAGAAUGAAUAUUGUGGAUGUAAGAUCAUAGUUACUUUCUCGCUGAAAUGAACGUUUAUUUCAGCCGUACUACGCGGAAUACGUCCGUGCCCGUCAAGAGAAUGAGAACGCUCAACUGCCUCCUUUCAUCAAUCCGUUCGGAUUCGAUACUCAAGAUCAGGUACUUUGUAUGUUAACUGAUGUGAUGGGAUAUUUUCGUUUUCAGGAAGAGGCAACAAGUGCUCCAGCUGCUCAAGCGGAGCAACCAACGGAGAAGCCGACUGCGGAGGAAGCAGCGAAAUCGGAAGCGGAGCCAGAAGCGGAGCCAAACCCGAAGGAGCAGUUCAAAUUCUGGUACGACGAGAACCAAGUGAAGUACAUCGUGCUGGACUAA